UGGAUGAUCUCUCUGAAUCCACAUAGCGGUGAAGAUGUGUCUUUGAGACACCUGGUGGUGAAAGAGAAAACAGCAUGUUGGAUUUGAUGAAGUUGGAGGAUACUGCGUGAUAGCUCCAGUUAAAACUCUGUAAAGUGUUCUGUUGUGUCUCUAAUCAGCUCAAACCCAAACGUAACAGAACAAGAAUGUUUAGGAUUUAGUGGAGAGUUUCUCAGCUGGUAUGACCUGUUAUUUGUGGUGAAACUGCUCAGGGCCACAGAGGCGUCCAACUCGUUCCUGCUUCCUAUCCUGACAUUCUUUAUGUGCAGAGUGUGUCUGGUCCUCCCUCUCUCCUCUCAGCUGUUUCAUGCUGGUCUGUAAGAGCCCUGGGACUUCUUGGCGUCUGGCCCACAAAUGGAAUUUUUUCACUUCCUACUGGCAGUGAAGUCGUAUCUGUUGCAAUCAGACUGAGGAAGCACAGCCAGCCUCAGGAGAAAAUGGCUGCGCCUAGAAACUUGAGCGUCCUCAGACUCAGGCUGGAACUGUGAGCCGACUCGGACCUGCUGAAGGACCUGAGGAAAGCUGCAGAGGGAGAAUGCUCAGCUUCAGGCUCACCUACAUUUUCUUCUACAACCUCUCCCAGUUCUGUGGUCACACAUGGAUCCUGGCUAACACCAUUGCCAGGUUUCUUAUGUUUGGUGGAGCAGAUGCUUUAGCAGAUACGUUUCACUCUGUUGGCUUUGUGAUGAGUCUGUGCCAGCUGCUUUCUAUCCUGGAACUUUUCCACAUCGCAGAUGGGAUAGAGAAAGCCAGGCUCCUUCCUCGCUUUGUCCAAGUUAUGGAGAAAAAUGUUCUGCUGAUCAUAGUCAUUGUGUUGGAGGAGAUCCAAAGUAAGCCAGUAGUGUGUGUGCAGUUCUUCUUGUGGAAUAUUCUGGACCUCUUGCGGUACCCACAUGAGCUGCUGCGUGUUAUGGAAACACCCUCUAUUGCCAUGUUGUGGAUUCGCUACUCACUCUGGAUCCCAUUAUACAUCCUGUCAGUCACAAAUGAGGUUGUCACCAUUUACCAGGUCCUGUCUUAUGUUGAGUCAACACCCCCCGACUCCACCUACAUCCACCUCCCCUUUGUCCUGAUGCUUUACCUGCCUGUUCUUGCUCUGGGAGCCUCCGUAACAGUGUGGCAGCUGCUGAAGGAGAGGCAACACCACCUGGACAAGUGGAACAAGAGGAAGAAGAAGAAAUGAAGUUUUGAGUCUCCCUGGAAAAUCAUACAAGGACUUUUAGAUGUCUUUCACC